AUGAAUGGAAAUAAGCUGGCUCAAACAGAGACGAAAAUAGUGGAGGAGAUCAGCAUGAAAAAAGAUCCUGAAAGCAGCGAAAAGGUGGAAACUUCUGAUUCACCUAGUGAAGUCACAAUCAGCGAGGUCUCACAAGUAUUCGCGAACUCACAUGAUAACAUUCUACCGCUCAAAAACCUGCUCAUCGUAUUUUCUGCCAUGGCAGUUGCAUUAUUUCUCUCCUUUGUAGACCAAACAGGAAUUACUAUUGCCCUACCUUAUAUUGCUGAGGAAAUGGAUGCCAGCGAUACAAUUUCCUGGGCAGGUACAGCGUCUCUGAUAAGCACCACAGUCUUUAUGGUUUUAUUUGGUCGAUUCAGUGACAUCUUCUCGAGGAAAUAUGUACUUAUAGGCUGCAUGAUAAUCCUGGCCUUUUUUGAUUUAGCAUGCGGAUUUGCUCAAAAGCCCUACCAGCUGUAUAUAUUCAGAGGCAUGUGCGGCAUCGGAAAUGGUGGCAUCACUUCGCUAACUAUGGUCAUUGUUUCGGACGUUGUCACCCUGGAAGAUCGAGGAAAAUACCAGGGUAUUUUGGGCUCUUGUGUAGGUAUGGGUAACGCUCUGGGCCCAUUCCUUGCAUCAGCUUUCAUUAAACAUUACUCUUGGAGACAUUUCUAUUACAUGCUAUUCCCAAUAGGUUUUUGUGCAAGCGGCCUCGUAUAUUGGCUAGUUCCGUACACUCGUCCCGAUUGUGCGAUGAAGGAGAAGCUUUUGAAGAUUGACUAUUUUGGUUUUUUGUUCAGCUCAAUAGGCAUAAUAUUUUUACUAAUUCCAGUAAGUGGCGGAGGUUCGUUUUAUUCCUGGUCCAGUCCCUUCGUCAUUUCAAUGAUAGUGAUUGGUGGAGUAUCGCUUAUAAUAUUCCUGUAUAUUGAACAAAAAGUGGCUAUAUUACCAAUGAUUCCCCUACGCUUAUUUACCUCGAGAUGCUCUUUGACAUUUUUACUCUCACAGAACUUUUUCUUUGGCAUGGUUUAUUUCAGUAGUCUUUAUUACAUCCCUUAUUACCUUGAAGUAAUUCGUGGAGAAUCUGUGAUAAUGUCAUCCGUAUAUUUACUGUGCCUAGUAAUACCACAGUCGGUAAUAUCCACGAUUACAGGUCAAAUCAUUUCAAGAACGAAGCAUUACAUUUAUGUCAUUUGGUUUGGAUACAUAUUCUGGACGAUUGCGGUGUGCCUGUUGAAUUUAUGGAGCGUAACAUGCCAUUUCGGUGUUGUCGUAGGAACGCUCAUAAUUAAUGGUUGCGGAACUGGCGCCACAUUUCAACCUACCUUAGUGGCAGCACAGGCACAAUCAUCACGGGAAGAUAGAGCCAUAGUAAUAUCUACACGAAACGUUUUAAGGUCGUUUGGAGGCGCUAUCGGAUUAGCAAUAUGCUCUACAAUUGUGUCAAACACGUACAUUAAGACCUUGACCCAAAACGGUAUCAGUUUGUUUUCGAAAAGCGAAAUAGACGUGUUAAAGACACAAAUCUUUACAUCAGUUGAUUUAAGUAGCUAUUCACCUGAUCAAGUUGACUUCCUGAAGCAUGCAUACAUGGGAGCUUUGAGGAAUGUCUUUUACUUUUGGAUCGGUUCGAUAGCGUACUGCUUGGUAUCAACCUUACCAAUAAAGGAUGAGGGCCUGGACUCAUUUGAUUCAAAGAAAACUGGAGAGAAGUCGCGCACUUGA